CAAGGGAAUUGAAGUUUGUAAACAAAACUUGCCGGUGUUUACAAAAUAUUUUCUUUUAAAUCAAUUAUUAUGGAAAAUCAUACUCAUACGAUACUUGGCAGCUUACCAAAAGCUAAAACCCAAAGUCAUUUACUAAUUGAAACAUAUCAUCGUCUUAAUCUGGAGAAUAUAAAAACACGAGAUGAGCAUAUGUGCAAAAAGUGUCUUACACAUUGGAAAGUCGGACAAUUUUCAUUGAAAAUAAAUCCAUCGAAUCAUCGAAGAAGAGGAAGAAGACAACAUAAAAUCGAAAGACUUCAGAAAGCUCUAAAGACAAUCGAGAAGAAGAAUGAAAAGAGAAAAUUAAUGCGAAAAGUUCAACAUCUUCAAAAGUUGAAUAAUCACGAAGCGGUUUACACAUGCGAGAUCUGUAAGAAUGUAACGAAAGUUCUCUGUUGGAAACCGAAGGCAAAUAAACAAGAAAAUCCUGCAACAUCUGUGAAAAGCAGCACACUUGAAACGAAUGAAGAAUUGAGUCAUAAAGGCGAUGAAAAGAAUAAGAAAAUUAAGAUAAAGAAGAAGAAAAAGAAGACAGCUGGUCUUAUCAUUCCUCAGCAACUUUCACAUUCAUCUAAAGCUCAACAACUGAUUUCGAUAUCCAAAUUAUCCGACAUAUUUCAACAGCAGUCAUCAAAAUCACAGACAUCAAAAUUAAAUCAAUUUCUUAAAUGAAACAUCACCUCAAAAGCUAUUUUACACGCACAAAAACCUUAAGUGCUAUGAAACAAGCUAAAAUUAUCCUUAAUCAUCAACAACAACACGUAGUUUUCUCCUUCUCAUGUCUUUCUCGUCACUCUUCCUUCUUUCUUGAGACAUUAAUUCGACAAUGAAGAGAAAAGCAAUAAAAAAUAUAUCUACGAACA